AUGGCUUCUAUGGCUCCGGUCAAGUCUCCGGCGCUGCACAACUUUUCCUUGCCCCGUCUGAAAUGGAACAAGGACAACCACAACCAUAACCACUCCAACGGCCGCGGCCGUCGCCGCCGAUGCUCGAUCAAGUCUCCUUCGUGCGAAUCUCAUUCAUCCUCCGGUUCUCCGCUUCGAGAGCCACCCCGCCAGUCUCCUCUGCGCAAUUCUGCUUUGGCUAUACUGGUGCAGUCGCAACAGGCCGAAUCGUCACCAGUUUGUGAUGAUUUAAUGAAGCACUCUCCUUUGCGCGGUGAAUCUCCUCUUCGCUAUUCGGUGAGGCAGUAUCCGAUGUCUGGGGACUCAGUGAAACAAUCUCCGAAACACAAUUUAGCUCUCGAAUCCGAGGCUUCCAGGACUAAUAAAAGUAUUUUGAUGUACCACGGGAAUCACGUGAGGGAUUCGGCAACUGAAAAUAAUAGAAACGGGCUUUACGUGACUAUUCUUGAUCGAGCUAUUCAGAAAUCAGAGAAAAAACGGAAGGCAGGAGGAACUGAUGCAAGUGCAAAGAGAUCGAGAAUCUUGCGCGAAAAUGAAUCGGUUGAAAAUCAGCAAGAGGAACUACAAAAGAUCAACAAUAAUCUCGACGAUGAUGGUGAUGUUAAUGAUGAGGAGGGUAAUAUGCAUAAUAAUGAAGAAGAACCCAAGACAUGGAAUUUGAGACCCCGAAAACCAAUCUGCAAGUCUCUUAAUGGAUUGACCGGAAAGAUUAACGGGUCGGCAAUGGAAGAUAAGAAAACUCAUUCACUGUUAAGGAAUUCAAGUAAUAGAUUGGGAGAGAAUGAAGCAAAUGGUGGUUGUGGUCAAAAGAAGGAGAAGAGGAAGCUGAGCCUUUGGAUCGCACUUUCAAAAGAGGAGAUCGAGGAGGAUGUUUUCAUUUUGACUGGAUCAAAGCCGACGAGGAGGCCUAAGAAGAGAGAAAAAAACAUCCAGAAACAUCUCGAUUGUCUGUUUCCUGGAUUGUGGAUAGUCUGUGCUUCACUUCCAAAAUUUUCGCUGGCAUUUGAAGAUAUCCAGUCGAAAGAGGGGACACGUCAUUGCUCUGGAUGA